ACAGCAGCAGCAGCAGCAGUCAGUCAGAUGCGUGUUUACUUGCUUUGUCAGCGGUGUCCCCGCACUAGUUAUCUCAUGUACCUCACCUGCUGCUGAUCAGAACCUUGGACUUUUGUCUCGGAGAGUGACUUAUCGCGUCGUCAGGUCUCCUUAUCAGCAGUUUCCUCUCUUGCAGCAUUUUGUUGCCAGCCUCUAGCGGACCUUGAUCGGGGGCACAUUGGGUUCAGAGAUUUUCUUUUUUUUUUUUUCUAGCUAACAGGGAAAGAUGACGUUAAAAUCCAAUAAAAACGAACCUGCUGUCAUACUGGAGCCGCUGAACAGCGUGCGGACGGCGCUCUCUGACCUGUACCUGGAGCAGCUCCUCCAAAACAAACCAAAGUCUGACAAGGCCGCUAUGCAAACCUACGAAAAUAAAGGGGCUGAGGUUUACACGAAUGGAAGCACUGGACACAUGAACGGGGCAGAACUGACCAGGAUGAAAGAAGUAGCAUUUGAAAAGAGUCCCUCCGAGCCAAUGGGCGUCACCCUGAAACUGAACGACAAACAACGGUGCACGGUGGCGAGAAUAUUGCACGGGGGGAUGAUCCACAGGCAAGGGUCCUUACAUGAGGGAGAUGAAAUAGCAGAAAUCAAUGGGAAAAGUGUGACAAACCAAUCUGUAGACCAGCUACAGAAGAUCCUGAAAGAAACCAGUGGAGUGGUCACAAUGAAGAUCAUUCCCAAUGCUCAGAGUCGAUCCCAGGCCUGCGAGAUGUAUAUGAGGGCCCAGUUCGAUUAUGACCCAACCAAGGAUGACCUCAUCCCAUGCAAAGAAGCAGGUCUGAAGUUUCAGACUGGAGACAUCAUUCAGAUCAUCAACAAGCAGGAUCCAAAUUGGUGGCAGGGCAGAGUGGAGAGCAGUGCUGCUGACUACGCUGGACUGAUACCCUCCCCAGAGCUCCAAGAAUGGAGGGUGGCUAGUAAAAGCAAGGCCAGAGAGGGCAGUCAGUCCUGCAGCCCAUUCGGAAAGAAAAAGAAGUGCAAAGACAAGUAUCUAGCUAAACACAGCUCUAUUUUUGACCAGCUGGAUGUGAUUUCUUACGAGGAAGUCGUCCAACUCCCUGCCUUUUCGAGAAAAACGCUGGUGCUUAUUGGUGCACCGGGUGUAGGAAGGAGGCAUAUCAAAAAUGCACUGUUGACAAGAUACCCAGAGAAAUUUUCCUACCCGGCGCCACACACUACCAGGCCCCCGCGUAAGGAUGAGGAGAACGGUCAGGAAUAUUAUUUCAUCUCCAACGAAGCCAUGACCAAGUGCAUCUCUGGAAAUGAGCUCCUGGAGUACGGCAGCUUCCAGGGGUUUAUGUUUGGUACCAAACUUGAGACCAUCCAGAAGAUCCAUGAGCAGGGCAAAAUCGCUGUGCUGGAUGUAGAACCACAGACCUUGAAAGUCUUGCGAACUGCUGAUUUUGCACCGCUGGUGAUAUUCAUCGCACCUACAGACUCCGCUGCCCAGACGGAAAACCUGCAGAUGCUCCAGAAAGAGUCGGACGCCAUUUUGACCACGUAUAGACACUUCUUUGAUGUGGUUCUCGUCAACAAUGACGUGGAUGAGAGUGUCAAAGGUGUGGAGGAGGCCAUAGAGCGGGCCACCUCCACCCCGCAGUGGGUGCCUGUAUCGUGGGUGUAUUAAAACAUGUCUGCAUGAUGCAGUUUGUGUAAAAGCAGUGCAAUAUCACUCCUUAUAUAAAACCUCGAGUUAGAAAUGUCCCAGCUGUGUUCGGGUUUACUUCGUGGUUUAUGUUGUCACUGAGUUUUUUUUUUUUUCUUUGCACAAAUGCGUUAAAAAAAUAAGCAAUAUAUAGAAAGGUUUGUUGGAGAAAGUCAAGAACCUCACCAGGGAUGUUUGUUUGGAUGUUUAGACAUUUGUGCUUCAGGCUUUUGAGGGGCUAAGGGUUCAGAUUUGGUGCAGUACAACCUUGUGAUUGUUGGAAUAUUAGAAAAUGCAAAACAGGACCACAACUGUGAAUUAAAUCCUUGUCUUUAAAAUCACUGUAUUUUUCUCAUCUACAGUAAAUUGAUUGAUCAUUGUUUCUGGA